AUGAUAUAAAAUUUUGACUUUUAUGUCAAUAAAAUAACAGAACUUUAAUGUAUACAUUAUUUAUAAUACGAAUAAUGUUUUACUAAUUUUUAAUCAAAUUACUUCUAAAAAAUAGCAUCUUAAGGUAUAUUACCAAAUAGGUUUUUAAUGAGUCUUUUGAAUUUAGAAAUUAUUGAAUAUUUAGUUUAGAAAAAAGGGGAUAUGAAUCAAUCAAAUGGUGAAAGUAUUUUACAAAAAAAAUUGUAUGAUUUAAAAGAUGAGAAUAUUAAACUAUUGAGUGAUAUUAAAUCAUUAUAAAAUCAAUGUAAAAAAUUAUAAGAUUAAAUAUCAAAUUCAACUAAUUUAACUCAAAGUUAAUUGAGUAAUUAUUCAAUUGAAUUACCUCCUAAUCCUACUUCCUAUUAUAAUAAAAUAAUUGAUGAAGUGAAAGAUAGUUAUUAGAAUCUUGUUACUAUGCUUAGAGAUGUAAACAACUUUUGAAUAAAUAAAUAGGAAAAUCUAUAGCUAGGAUUGAAAUUAAGUGAAGUACAAUAAAAAUUUACAAAUACGAGUAAUGAAAUUAUAGAAUUAAAUAAAAAAGUUGAUAAUAUGAAGAGUCAGAAAGUGAGAUAACAUAUUUAUAAUAUAGGAUGAUUUAUAUAAAAGAUUUGUGGCUAAAUAUAAAACUACGGAAGAGUUUGAAUAAUCAUAUGAAGCUGCCUUAAAGGAGGAAUAUUCUUCUAUGGAAAUAUCAUUUAAAUAAAAAAUUUAAUAGUUAUAAUAAAAUAUUGAUCAAAAUAAUAGAGAUUAUUAAAAGAAAUUGGUAUUAUUUAAUUUUGAAUAUAAUUAGCUUGAAUAAAAGUAAAUUAUAGAUUAGUAAAGUGAUAAAGAAAGAAUGUUAAUUAAAAAAAUGAGUUUAUAUUAAAAACUUUGA